CUCUGCAGUACAUCCAUACCCAGUUGCCACAUUCUUUGACCAACUCUCUCUAUUCUAUUCUAGGCUUUAUCCAUUCCUUCACUUUCCUUGUUACCCCAUGUGCUAAAAGCAAACACUCUUUUACUUACCCUUCCUUUCUGUUCCCUGCAAUUCUCAAAUCACACAUUUUGGCUUUAAUUUUGCUUUAGUAGUCUCAGCAAAGAAUUAACAGCACAUGAAUUGAUAAAGAUCAGAUUUCAGGAAACAAGUUCAGAUUAUUUUCUGCUGCUGCUACGAUGAAGGAGUUUCCUUCUUGUUUUGGAGAAAAUGGUGUUCAGGUUGUUGAUUCCUCCUAUUCAAGCACCACAAGGGGAGCUCAAAAUGCGGUCACUUGUGUCUAUCAGUGUAAGUUAGGAGGCCGUUCAUGCUUGAUUACUGUCUCAUGGACCAAAAAUUUGAUGGGACAAGGCUUGAGUGUGGGAAUAGAUGAGUUGGGAAAUCAUUGCCUUUGCAAGGUUGAUAUAAAGCCAUGGUUGUUCUCAAAGAGGAAAGGGUCUAAGAACUUGGAGGUUGAAUCUAACAAGAUUGACAUACUUUGGGACUUGAGCUGUGCUAAAUUUUGUUCUGGGCCAGAACCAUUGGAGGGAUUUUACCUAGCUGUUGUGUUCAACCAAGAGAUGGUGUUACUUCUAGGGGAUCUGAAAAAGGAGGCAUGCAAAAAGAUUGAUGGUGACUAUGCUUGUGUUCACUCUGGUGCCGUUUUUAUUGCAAAGAGAGAGCACAUUUUUGGAAAGAAGUUUUAUGGUGCAAAGGCUCAGUUUUGUGACAAGGGCCAAGUGCAUGAUGUGAGAAUUGAGUGUGACACACUAGGGCUUAAUGAUCCGUGUCUUGUGAUCCGAAUUGAUAGCAAGACAGUGAUGCAGGUGAAGCAACUCAAGUGGAAGUUCCGGGGCAACCACACCAUAUUGGUGGAUGGAUUUCCUGUGGAAGUGUUUUGGGAUGUACAUAAUUGGCUCUUUGGAAAUGCUAUGGGGAAUGCAGUUUUCAUGUUCCAAACUUGCAUUUCAACUGAGAAAUUGUGGGCAAGCCAAUCUGUUUCGGAUCCUUCUGUUCUGACAUGGGCUUAUUCUCAGCAGUUCAGGGAUUCUCAGUUGCAAGGUCUUGGAUUUUCUCUCGUUUUGUAUGCUUGGAAGAAUGAAUAGUCAAUAUAGGAGUUAUAUCUUAUUCUGGAGUGCUAAACUGGUAUUGCCAGCCACAGUUUUCAACAAUCAUGUGAUUACAUUACAUGAAACUCAUAAACUCAUCUUUUUGUUUGUCCUGUUA